CAGUUGACUGGGUGCCUUGAUUGCGGACACACCAGUACUCCCACACAAACAUAAAUACUACCAGAGACGUUCUCUCUCAUCCAUUCAUGGCUCCACAUCUCCUCCUUCUCCUGCGCAUCCUUUUCUUCCUCACUGGAGUCUCAUAUGCACAGAGUGUGUCCACAGUGAGUCAUGUGUCUGUAAAGCAAGGAGGCUCCAUCACCAUCCCAUGUCUCUAUAAUCAGAGAUAUAGAAACAAUGUGAAAUACUGGUGUAGGGGAUGUAAUUGGUUUGUUUGCUCUACUGUACUACGCACUGACCAUCCUAAGACCAGUGGAAAGACCUCCAUCUCUGAUGACAUCAACCAGCGAGUCUUCACUGUGACCAUGACAAGUCUUAGUCCUAGUGAUUCUGAUUGUUACUGGUGUAUUGUGGAGAGGAAGGGCAAGGCAGAUGAUGGGUCUAGACUGCAGAUAUCUGUUACUCCAGGUACUCCAGAACUCUAUGUGGACCAACAACAGAUGACUGGAGUUGUAGGAGGGAGUGUCACUGUGCUCUGUUACUAUAGUUCACAAGGAAGCAGUGGGAAAUGGUGCAAGAUGGGAGGCUAUUGUGUGGCUGUGGGACUUUCUGGGGCUUUAAAUGGAACAUGUGUGAAGUUAGUGCAGGAACAGAGCCGAACCACCAACAGUUAUGUCUUAAUGGUGACUAUGAGGGGAUUGAUGAUGGAGAACACUGGCUGGUACUGGUGCGAAAAGGGAGACCUACAGAUGCCUGUUCAUAUCACUGUCAAUCAACCAACCACAACACAGAGCACCACCACAAUUUCCCCUUCUGUUACAAACAGGGACAAUGUUGAAACUAACGAGAACACAGAUGAGAAGCAUCAGAGUUGGCUGGAAUUCCUGUUCAUUCCUCUGAGCCUGUUGGUGGUGUUGAUAGCUGUUACCUUGGUCACAUUGAAGAUGUUGAGAAAACAUAAGGACAAGAAAGCAAAGGACCAACCACCAAACACCACAGUACAGUCUUCUGACUCUGAGCAGAACAUUACCUACAGCACUGUGAGUCACAUCAGAGGAUCAACACAACAGGUCCUGAACCCUGAGAGCCACGGUGACUUGUACAGCACUGUGAUCCCUAAGCAGCACAGGACAGCAAAAAAGGACCCAUUACCUGAUGAUGCAGUGACAUACAGCACCGUGGUCACCAAGAACAAGGUCCAACCAAAUAUUCCAUUACCUGAUGAUGCAGUGACAUACAGAACAAGACCCAACCAAAUGCAGCAGAACCAGAUGAUGUGGUCUACAGCACAGUGGCCCAACACCAGAGAUAGCAGGGAGUAGCAGCAGAGCAGUGACAGAAUUAAAUCCUUGGUCCCAAAGAACCAGACAAGCUUUAUGGGGGAAAAUACUGGAGGAUCUCAGUGUACUAAGGCAUCAGAAGAAAUGUGUCCAGAUUGACAGUAAAACAUGUGUUAUUUUAUUUGUCACCCCCUGCCCCAACCCUUUCUCAUUAUUAUUUAUUGUUUACAUUUUCUUUUUAAAGGAUGAAUCAAAAUGUAUGUAAGGGGACAGCCGAAUAACCCUUUUAGGUUUGAGAUGGCACAUCUUUUUCUAAGAGUGUAGGCUGACUGUCUUAAGUGGAAAGGUUGGCCAAACUUUUGAAAGUACCAUCCUCAGAUUCCCGAUUUAAUUAUUUGCAAACAGCGACAGUUUCGUUGCAAACAAGACAAACUGAUUUGGCAUUGGAGAAAUAUGAAAUAUUUAAGGCUCUGGUCUAUACAGGAUGUGAGGAUAAACGGGAGACAUGUUCAAUGCUAUCCACUUUGUUUUAAUGAUUUAUUUUGGGUAGAGGGGAGGGUCACUUGUUUUCUUUCUAGGUUUAAUGUCAAAUAUAUUUAGCUGAAGAGCGGGCCAUCCAAUUUCAUUUCAGAGAGGUCCGAUUUUCUCCAUUUAACUCUUAUUAUAAUUAACGUUCACUCCCUAACCUGUAUAUAUUAUAGACUGAACGUCUUGUAUUAAAUUGUCACAAUUAUGUCCAUGUGGACAUUUAUCUAACGUGUGUUUCUUCAAUAAAAACAGAAUAAACCUGAA